AUGGCCAAGGCAAACUUUGGCGAACUCUUCCUGCAGAAAGUCCACGAAAUGCCAGUGCCGCCCACGUUGCAUGAGAAGCUCCAGGAAACGGCGUGGAUGCAAGGACAUCCAUACCUGGGAAUCGUACUGACGGCCAACGGAGCUAUGCAGCAGACAAUGUCGGCCUGGUACCAGGAUGCGAUUGACGUCAAGGUGGUAUACAAUCACAUCAUCACGGAGCCGUCUGCUGCGGAUUGUGCGAAGAGGUAUGACAGGCAAGUGGAGAUCAGCUGCGCGGGCAAGGUGUUUUGCAUUGCGACUUCGCAAGUGGUUCUUCGGACCGAAGAAGCCGUGGAAGCUGUGGAGUCCGGUGGAAUUGGCAUUGCGCAGCUCUUCAAGCACUUUUCGAUCGUGCCGGACUGCGUUCUACUGGACGCGGGUGAGCAGCCUGGUUGCUUCGGAGAACUUUGGCGCAAGUACGUGCUUGCCGGCGGCGGCAUCGAGUGCUACAUUGUGGAGGAGUUCUGUCACGACUUCAUGGAUAUGUUCGAUUCGGACACAAGAGGCGUUUCGAAGGAAUCCAGCAACAGCUCAGUCUCCACGGUUUCCACCACGGCAUCCUUCACGUCCUCGGUUUCAACAACUCCGCAGUUGAGUGGAACGCGUUGUCACAAUGUGGUUGAUGAUCAGAUCGGGCAGAUUGCGAGUCCUUUGCAAAGGGUGCUACUCAUGGCAGCCGGCUCAGUGACCCGCAUUCUGACGUCCUACCACAAGGUUUCCGUCUCCACUGAGCUCAUCAGCUGCUCACCUCGAGGCUCCAACAAGUACGAUUGCCACACGAUGCUGACCUGUGGAGGCAUCGAGUUCUGCCGAGUUCGGGCUUGCUUCGACCUAGAGUCUGCCGAGGCCAAGGAGCUUGUCGCCGAAAGCCAAGGUGAAGUGGGUGCCCUUUUCGACCGUCUGGCCGUCCCGCCCAAGCUCUCCUUGCGCGAGGUGAAGUUCACUGAAGACGGCUUUGGCCGUGCUUACACGCUGAUGUCGCCAGGACUGACGUGCGAGAUCAUUGAGGAGUACAGCAAUGCAGCACUGAUUUUACCUGAGAUUGCAAAGCCCAUGCAGCCCUCGACGAUCCCGCAGAUCUGGUCCAAAUCCGAUCAUUGGGUGAAUGGGAAGCCUUCAUGCACAAUCUGCUAA